AAUUUCUUUAUUGUCCAUUGUCCAAGUUAAUUAAAAAAAAGAAUAUUGGGGGGGAAAAAAGUUAAUAAUUAAGCGUCAGAUCAGGUCAGGUGAAUUCGCAAUUGUUGGAUUUGAGGAAACAUUUUUCACGCUAUAAAUGUCAACUGUAAAAAUGUCUUACGAUUAUAUUGAUCGAGUGUCUCCACUUAAAGAGCACUCCACAAAUUUUACUAGCGUGGAAUCAAAAAUACCAAUUAGUAAAAGAUCUUUCGAUUCUGGUAUAGAUUCAAGCCAUAUUCCUCCGAUUUCACAACUGAUGAAUGUUUUUUCUCCUUCGAAAAGAGAAAAAAGACUUCGAACAGUAUUUGGAGAGAUAACAAAUAUUAAAAUUUCCGGGGAUUCGAGUUCGUCGAUCUCUAGCGGAUCAACAGAAGAAUCUGCAACCAUGCCCUCAACUUCGGGGAUCAGAAAAAAAAGAUUUCCUGAUGAAAAGAUAAAAAAUUCUUCGCAAAAACGUACUAUUUGGAUCGGAGAUACUUCAUCUAAAAAAUCACCUAAACAAUCACCAACGUUGAUAAAAAUUCAGGACUGGGAAGGAAAAAAAUAUCCUAGUUGGAAAACAUCUUACAACAGUAAUAAUAGUAGAAGAUCUUCGGAUUCUGGUAUAGAUUCGAGCCAUACAAUUCGGGUUUCACAGCAGCUUUUGAAACUUUAUUCUACUACGAGAAGAGCCCGAGGACCUCCUCGAGAACGAGCCCUGAAUGUUCCACAAAUUGAAAUCACAAAAUCUGCAAGUAUAAAUCUAAAUAUCAAUCAGUUCCCGAAAAUGGAUCUACUCUGCGAGAGAUUUCCCCGUUCAAAAUCUGAAGAAAGGAAUUCGCCAAUGAAACCCUGGAGUUGCUAAUUUUUAUUAUUGGUUCGAAUAUUUUCUUUUGCUUUUUAAAUUAAACUUAUAUGAAGUGUUACUAUCUUCGAUUAUUUAAAUAAAGGAAAGGGGC